AUGCCGACAACCAAUGGUGAAAUCAAAGAUGGCGAUGAGGAAAAGAAGAAGUCAGGAGGGGAUAGAGAUAAGAAGACAACUGCAGGGAACGAAUACCCACUGACGGGAAUCAAACGACCGGGAGAGCAUGACGUCCUUCAGGGCAGGGGAGGAUUGGCCAACAACUUUUGCGGGAACAUACUCUAUCGAGCCACAGUAGAAUCCAGAAAGGCCGAGUACGUGCAAAGCCAGCGGUCCAACAAAACUGCCUUGUCUUGGCACUUGGUGAGGUGGUGGCGGUCCUUGGACCCUCCAGGACGGUUCCUGAAGCAAGACGACGCGGGACUCUGGCAUGAUAUUGGUGAUAAGAAAGCACGGCGCAAGACUAGCCAAUUGUUCCGUGAAGAUGCAAAGGCCGUUAGAGCUCAGAUUGGGUGCAAUGCUGAGCACCAGGGGGAUGGGGCAGAUGAUGCCUCCGAAGGCACAGAGGAUACCACGGCUACAAAUAAUCCUCACCCGGAAUUGGAACUCGCCAAACCAACGGUAAAACCCACGAGCACCAGUGAACACCACAGCCGUAUCAGCAGCAACAAGCCAUCGCCUCAGCAAACCAAGGGAAAAGGUCUGCCAGUCCGAAAGAACUCUACCUCCAAAAAGCAGUACCAAAAGGUGGCAUACAAACCAAAGGGACACGUCAAGCCAGCACCUCGGUACGCGGCAACUGCAGCAGCACGCAAAGACACAACAACCCACCUGCCAGAGCAAACCCCAGAAACGCUGGCGGCCAACAUCACGGGCGGUAUAGAAACCACACAGAUGCCGUUGUUGGGUGAGUUCGACUUUCCAAAAGAGGAGGAGGACGGUGAGCGCAAGCCACCUGCGCUGGCGGUGGAAUCUGAAGACUCCAAGCAAGAACCAUGGGCAAGCCCCUUAGAUAGGCUUCUCGACAACGAAGAGUUUGUGCUCGGUGAUCUCGGUGACCUUGUAUUCAACACUGCUUCGGGUGUGCCUCUGGAACCGCUGAUGGACAAUCUCAUGAACACCAGCAACACAACUCAACAACCUACUAUUGAAGACCCCAUGGACGUAGAGUUCGAAGAAGACGAUUCUGGCAGGCAAGUCAAGCGUGAGGCCGCCUGA